AUGAUGGAAGCGGCCGAGGCGGGAGAAUUUCUGGGACUCGACUCGAUGAAAAGGAAAUCUUCUACUGAAAACCGAGCCAGAAAUCGAAAUACUGUGCGGACAGGCACACUUGCAAAUGAGGGUCGAGAAGAUGCUACAGCACCAGCAACCUACACUCAUGAAAAGAAGUCCGAGAUAUCAAGCAGUACUUCGAACAUCGGUAUUCUCCCAGAAAAUCGCCGACAGAGAUCGCUAGAUCUAAGUGCCCGAUAUUCUCACCCUCGUGGUGUGAUGAAAUUCGGCGGCUCUUCAUUAAAUAUAUCUCCAUCAGACCAAUAUCAAAAUUGGAAAUCGAGAAUUGAAAAUCACUUAAAACAAGGCCAACCGAUUGAAGCCGCCCACCAUUUUUUGCGCCCACCGGGAGACUUCGUUGAGGAAAACAUGGAGACGCUAAAAGAACUUUCGACUAGUAUAUUCAAUGAAAACCUGAAAGCUGGCAAUACAUCUCUUGCUGGAGGAAUAUUCAGAUGGGAUGAGAGAAACGGACAAGUGACUUCAGAUUCCUGGGAAGCAUUACUCCUAGCACAGGGUUCACGAUGGAGCGCCGAUACCCUUGCAUCACUCUAUUUGCGCCAUGCCGACCGCUUCGAAUUGUCAUAUCAACUUCGAUCCCUAGUUUUGCGAUCCCUUGUGGACUCCUUUCGGCUUGGAGAAGCGAAGGAGUUUAUCUUCAGGUACCUAAAAGAUGACAGCAGCUGCGGGUUGUGUGCGAUAUACUUGGGUGGCCUUUACACGAAGAGCCGUAACAUGGAACUGGUCGAGGUACAAGCUGGGAAGUUGGCUAGCGCCCUUUUGGGACUCGGAAUACCACCCACGGAGAGAUUAUUCAAUCCUCUGUUAAAAGCGUAUAUCGAAUCUGGGUAUGACGAGAAGGCCGAGGCCUUGAUUGAGGAAAUGAAAGACAUCUACGGCAUUACUAUUGGGCUACGACCGCUGGGACUUCUUGCGUACGGAAAAGCACUAAAGAGCGACUGGCCAGCUGUGGAGGAAUAUCUCCAGCAGAUUCACGAGCUGGGAUUAGAUAAAUCUGGCCGCAAAAACUUUACAAAGAUCUUCGAUCGCAUAUUCCUUGAAUACUUCCUGGGAAAUUCUGGCGAAAGCAUCCGGACGUUUAUCUUCAAAGCAAUUGACGAGUAUGGCUUGGAGAUGGACGAUGUUCUCUUUGAGCAUAUUCUCAUCGCAUUUAUCCAGAAGGGAAGCAUGGAAAUGGUUGAUGAGUUUUUGCAGGCUGCAAAAACUAGACAAUGGAAUGUGACAUCUAACAAAGAACAUUUUAUUCACCUGUUGAGGAAUCACAGAAUGACUUGCGAGAAGAGCACGGUUGGUCUAUGGCGGAUGUUCCGAUCAUCCCAGCAGAAAAAUGGUCGGGCUGGUGCCUCUCAGAGAAUACUUGGCUUUGAUAGGGACUCUUUCCCUCUUGAAGAAGCCUACAAACUACCUUGGACUGGGGAGCGGACAACAUGGUCAGAUAAAGUCAAGUAUGCGUCAACAAGUGGACGAGAUGUGGACAAGUUUGUUGCUCUCCGGAAAAGAAUGAUCCACAGCAUUAACUCUGGCCGAAUGGAUGAGGCUCUGGAGCUCUUUACCGUGGCCAAGGCAUCGGGUAAAGUCAUGAAGCAGAUUCAUAUUGAACUAGCUGUUGUUGCGAGCCUUAUGCACAAUGGAAGCGCAAACGAAGCUCAGAAAAUCCUUGAAGAAGCCAGUAGAUUGUUCCCUGAUUUCGACAGGACAAAACUGGGGACUUUCUACAAGCAGAUCUUCGAGGUAAGGUCGAAAGAGAAGGCCUUGAAAAUGGCGGUUUUCCUGUUCUACCGGACACUUGAAGAAAACAUGCUUCCAAUCAAGCACCAUAUGACUGUUAGUGCCAGUGCAAUGUUGAUCAAGCACGGAAAGCCUGGAGCAGCUCUGAGACUCUUCCGCGCAGUUAACAAGGGAAAAUACGGUGCUACAGUGCCGUUUGAUGCUGUUGCUGUGAAGAUGAUUUCUAGAGCAGCUGCGGCCAGCGGUAGCCGGAGAGGGCUUCGGUGGGCUAUCUUGACAGCAAUGAGCCGAAAGUCAGCACUACACAGAGAUCUAGUCGUGGAGCUGCAACGGUUGGUCGCGCACCUCAAGUACCUCCUUGAGCAGCAUUCCGAGACCUCGACGCCGAACGCGGCUGACGAUGCACUCUACGACGAACUCGAGUACCUUGAAUACCUUGUGAAGCUGCUUGACCAGAAGGAAGCUGCCCAAAGUGGCCGUGUGGAUACUGCUAACGUGGCGCCAACUGAUGAAAUGCCCACGAAGGCCCAACCCACUCCAUCUUAUGAUACGCCUGUUCCCUUCCCUGAUCCAGCUUUACGGGCCAGCGGUCUCGCUCACACCCUUGCCAACUGGUGCGAGCGUUCCGAGUUUGAAACGGCGUCUGGAAAGGAGCGAAAGGGUCCUAUUGAAAUGGACGGGUUCGUAGGCUCCCGAGGAAGCAGGAAACUCGCAGAGCCAGAGCUACAGCUGAGCCAUGGCUGA